UCAGGUUCAGGUUUUCUAUUGUUAAUCCAGUGCGCUGAUCAGGUAAAUUUCUCGGUAAAAUACCGAUCGUGACUGGAAAUAAUAGCCGCAUAAUAGUGUAUGCUCCUAUCCCUCCUAUCCGAAGGGCAAUAACAUUUACAACAAAAAGAAGAAUGAGGGAAGAGUUCGUUCAGUGUGUGGAUGUGCAUCGUUUGCAUCAGCUGUUUGACUCGUUGCUGUAAAUCUACCUGACAUUUCAUAAUCACCAGCUCUCAACAAGUUAAUAUAAAACCAUCCAGACAGAAGGGAAAUUAAAGAAAAGGAAAAAGAAAAUUAUUAACUGCGUACUUGACAUCUGCGCAGUUCUCGCACGUCUCGUCCAGGAAAAAUCAAAACACUCAAAAUGGCAGAUCCGAGCAAUGAGGUUGCUUCGUCGAGUGGAAUUUCAGAGCAAGUUGUUCCAGCGCCACAAAUUCGUGAGGAUGUUGAAAAAAGCGAGGAUUUCCUUGAGCCCGAUGCAAAAAGGCGUAAAGUCCUUCGCGCCGAAGGGAAAACGGAACAAAAAUUGGAACAUAGAUUGGGUGGCAUCUUGUGCUGUGCUGUCUGCCUCGAUUUACCCAGGGCAGCUGUUUAUCAGUGCACCAAUGGCCACUUGAUGUGCGCUGGCUGCUUCACUCAUGUUCUGGCCGAUGCCAGACUUCGUGACGAAUUGGCAACAUGUCCAAAUUGCCGAAUUGAGAUCAGCAAGACAUCGGCAUCGAGAAAUUUAGCGGUUGAGAAAGCUGUUUCCGAAUUGCCUGCUGAAUGUCAAUAUUGCGCUAAAGAAUUCUCACGAAAUUCUUUGGAACGACAUGAAGAUUCACUGUGUGAAGAAAGAAUAACAAGUUGCAAAUACAGCAGGAUUGGUUGUCCCUGGAGAGGGCCUAAUCAUGAAUCACCAGAACACGAAGCACAUUGUGUACAUCCUCAUCGUACUGGCGCCGAUGUCAUGGAAGCUUUAACUGACAUUGAUACAAAAACAUUGGAAGCUCGUCGAUUAUAUGACAAUGUCUUUGAACUUUUGUCUUAUGAAAAAAUUACAUUUAACGACUUGCAAAUGAAACCAUAUCGUACCGAUGAGUUUGUUCACAAAAUUUUCUACGAGACUUCACGAUUCACUGCUUUUAAUCAUCAAUGGGUUGUAAAGGCGAGAAUCAAUAAUAAUCAACGUGAUCCAACUCAAAGUUCAGAGCGUGACAUGACUUAUCAGCUCAUCUUAAAAUCGAAAACAACCUGCCCAAUGCCAAUUCACUAUUUAAUUUUGAAAGGGCCUUUCGGCGACAUGAAAGUCAAUCCGAGAAUUCAUAAACACGAUUUUUCGGAUUCUGAUAAUGAGAGUCCUUAUUUACCUCUACCAUUACCAGAUACCGCCGAAUGCAACAGACUACUUGCUGCAAAAACAAUAAGUUUCCGAUUAAUACUGUUUUGUGCAUCCAAGUAAUAUAUUGUACGAGUGAUAUUAAACUUUCGACAAUAUAUUUCGAAAUCUUGAGUGAUUUACUGGAAGUUUUAAAUCACAAAAUUAGACUAAUUUUAAUAGAGAGACAUUAUUUCUAGAAUAUAUAUUAUAAAUACAAUUUAAGUUAUAAAACUGCUUCUAAUGUUAUUCUAAAAUAUUACGUAAUCCAAUAAUGCUUUUAAAGUAACGGGUAAACGUUCAAUUUCAAAACAAUAGUUGAUAGAUAAUUAAACUUUAAAGCACUUUCAACGAAUCUCUGUAGAUUACAUUUUUCUCUUAACUUUAAAUUUUCUUAAUUUUUUCGCCAAUUAUUUUAGAUUUAUAACACAAUCUUAUAGUAAUUGAAAAAAAACAUUAAGCAGAUGUUUAUAAAAAAUUAGUGAUAAACUAUACAAGUAGAAAAAUCGGCACUAAUGAUUCUAAUAUACAUAUUAUUAUAAUUAUUAGUUAUAAUAAUGAGAAGUAUUGAAAACAAAUCUGCCGUAUUAUGUAAUAAGCUUUAAAAAAUUCAAACAAAAUUUUUUUUUGCAAAAAAAAAUUAUAAAAAAAGACUUUAGAUUUGACUUACUAGUAUAUAUUUGAGAUUGUAACUAAUUUUUUCGAUAGACUUCGAUAGACUUUAAAUAUAUAAUAAUUAUAGAAGAUUAUAUCUUAGCUAGAUCGCUAGGAUAUUUUAUUUCUUUGUUUUCAUUUUUUAAAUCUAUUAUUUAAAGAGUUUUUGAUUUUUUACUUAAAAAAGUACAAGUAGAAUUUAGUAGAGUUCCUUUAAGACAACAUAUCUGUUACUUCUUGUAAAUAUUCGAAAUUAAGAGUAGUUUACUAUUUUGCGAGCGCACAGUAUCUACUUUCUAAAAAAAAGGAGUAUUCUCUUUAUUGCAUUAGAUGUUACUGAUAAGAAAUCUAAAUAAUGUAAUCACAUCCAUUUCAAUAAUAAAUUUAUUAUUUCACA